CUCUGCACUAUGGAGAACCAGACUUUCAGUAUGGAUAUUCUACAGCUGGAGGGGUUAAAGGUCAGCCCUGAGUCCUCCAUUCCUGCCUUUGUCCUCCUCCUCCUCAUCUACAUCUUCAUUAUGGUGUCCAACAUCGGCCUGGUAUUCCUGAUCUUCAUGGACUCGAGCCUCCAUGAACCCAUGUAUCUGCUUUUCUGCAACAUGAGUAUUAAUGAUGCAUUCGGUGCCACGACGGUGAUUCCUCGUUUGCUGAGUGAUGUUUUUAUUCCAAGUACUGAGCGGUACAUCCAUUACAUAGACUGUGCCAUUCAGGCCUUCUGUGGUCAUUUUCAUGGAGGCACCUCUUACACUGUGCUCAUCAUCAUGGCCUUCGAUCGCUAUGUGGCCAUCUGUAACCCCCUGCGAUACGCCACCAUCAUGACUAACAGGAUGGUGGUGACUCUGUCGCUGUUGGCCUGGGGCGUGACCUUUGUCUUGGUUGCAAUCGCCAUAGGCCUCAGUGUCCGCUUGUCACGCUGCAGGCGGGCUAUAUUCAACCCGUUCUGUGACAACCCCUCCUUGUUCAAGCUGUCCUGUGAAAACGUUGCUAUCAACCAUAUCUACGGCCUCAUCACCGCCAUGGGCACAAUGUCCGCAUCCCUUUGCGCCGUACUAAUCACCUACCUGAGGAUUGCCAUCGUUUGCUUGAGCAGCAAGAACAAAGCUCUGAACAGUAAAGCGCUGCAGACCUGCGCCACCCACCUGGUUGUGUACAUCAUCCUGCUCGUGUCAGGCUGCAUCAUCAUCAUCCUCCAUCGUUUUCCAAACGUAUCAGACAAAAGGAAGCUAGCAUCCGUCUUGUUCCAUGUGGUCCCUCCUUCGAUGAACGCUGUUAUCUAUGGACUGCAAAUCAAAGCAGUCAGACAAAAAAUUAUGAUUAUAUUUCAAAAGAAUAAGACUGAGCUGAAAUGA